CCUCUUGAAUCUGCUUCAGCCUUAGUGGGCGGCGAAUGCGAGACGGUGAGCAGUUUGAACCGUGGCUGUGCCGACGCGGAAACAUUGAAAUUUGACAAUUUGUCGGGUGGAAUUUGAACUGUUGUGUUCUCCAUCCACAAACACGGUGCAUUUUGUGACAACGCCGGUUCAAAAGCGGCGGGUAACGGCAGGUUUUCGGUCUGUUCGCCGACUCUGGGGACGUGAAAAGCCGGUGUCGCGCAAAGUGAUCCGCUCCCUCCUCACCGAGCUAGCUGCUAGCUAGCUGCCGAGCUAACCUCAGAGCUAGCAAUAGCCAGCUAAUCCCCCCCCACCCACCCGCACAACACAAAGGACGACUUUGCCCGGUGUUUGCCAAUCCCGAAUAACUUCGACGGAUGAGGACUGAUCCUCCCGUGAAGGUCGAUCAUGGUGCUGACAGGGAAGCGCUCGGAGAAAGGUCCGGCCUGCUGGAAGAGGAGGGUGAAGUCUGAGUACAUGAGGCUGCGACAGCUCAAGCGCUUCCGACGGGCCGACGAGGUCAAGAGCAUGUUCAACACCAACCGUCAGAAAAUCGUGGACAGAACUGACAUUCUGAACCAGGAGUGGAAGACGAGGCGAAUCCAGCCGGUUCACGUCAUGACGUCCGUCGGCUCCUUGAGAGGCACGCGAGAGUGCACGGUGGACAGCGGCUUCUCCGAGUUCCCCCGGCAGGUCAUCCCCCUGAAGACUCUCAACGCCGUGGCCUCGGUGCCCGUCAUGUACUCCUGGUCGCCGCUGCAGCAGAACUUCAUGGUGGAGGAUGAGACGGUGCUCCAUAACAUCCCCUACAUGGGAGACGAGAUCCUGGACCAGGACGGCACUUUCAUAGAAGAGCUCAUCAAGAACUACGACGGCAAAGUCCACGGAGACAGAGAGUGCGGCUUCAUCAACGACGAGAUCUUCGUGGAGUUGGUGAGCUCCCUGUCGCAGUACAGCGACAACGAGGACGAGGAGGAGGACGAAGAGCAGGACUUUAAGGUGGAGAAGAUGGAGGUGUGCGACGGGAAGGAGCAUCCGGAGGAGCCGCGCAGGGACGGCCUCGUCAACCAUGAGAGCCGAACCAGCAAUGACGGCACCAAGAAGUUUCCCUCUGACAAGAUCUUUGAGGCCAUCUCCUCCAUGUUCCCUGACAAGGGCUCCACGGAGGAGCUCAAAGAGAAGUACAAGGAGCUGACGGAGCAGCAGCUGCCCGGCGCGCUGCCGCCCGAGUGCACGCCCAACAUCGACGGGCCGAACGCCCGCUCGGUGCAGCGCGAGCAGAGCCUGCACUCGUUCCACACGCUGUUCUGCCGGCGCUGCUUCAAGUACGACUGCUUCCUGCACCCUUUCCACGCGACGCCAAACACCUACAAGCGCAAGAACUUGGAGAACCUGGUGGACAGCAAACCCUGCGGCGUGGACUGCUACAUGUACCUGGUUCAGGGUGGGAUGGCGAGCGAGUACCCGGCGGGCGCCGUAGCUGCGGCGGAGCGAACCAAGACGCCCUCCAAGCGCCCGGCGGGGCGUCGCCGCGGGCGACUGGCCAACAGCCGACCCGGCACGCCCUCCGUUUCCUCGGAGACCAAAGACACGGACAGCGAGCGCGAGGGCAGCAAAGACGGCGAGCGGGACGACGACGACGACGAGGAAGACAAGGACGACCGGCGGGACGAAGACAAAGAAGACGAAGACAAGAAGGACGAUAACAGCAGCAGCAGCAGCUCAGAAGGCAACUCGCGCUGUCAGACGCCGGUGAAGAUGAAGCUGAUCGGCGAGGCCGAGGCGGUGGAGUGGAGCGGCGCCGAGGCAUCGCUCUUCCGCGUCCUCAUCGGGACGUACUAUGACAACUUCUGCGCCAUCGCGCGGCUCAUCGGCACCAAGACCUGCCGACAGGUUUACGAGUUCAGGGUCAAGGAGUCGAGCAUCAUCGCGCGGGCCCCCGCCGAAGACGAGGACACGCCCCCGAGAAAGAAGAAGAGGAAACACCGACUGUGGGCCACUCACUGCAGGAAGAUCCAGCUGAAGAAAGAUGGCUCGUCCAAUCACGUGUACAAUUACCAGCCAUGUGACCACCCGCGGCAGCCCUGCGACUCCUCGUGUCCCUGCGUCACCGCGCAGAACUUCUGCGAGAAGUUCUGCCAGUGCAGCUCAGAGUGUCAGAACCGGUUCCCGGGGUGUCGGUGCAAGGCUCAGUGCAACACCAAGCAGUGUCCUUGCUACCUGGCGGUGAGGGAGUGCGACCCCGACCUCUGCCUGACCUGCGGCGCCGGGGACAACUGGGACAGCAAGAACGUGUCCUGCAAGAACUGCUCCAUCCAGAGAGGCGCCAAGAAGCAUCUGCUGCUGGCGCCGUCGGACGUGGCCGGCUGGGGGAUCUUCAUCAAAGAGCCGGUGCAGAAGAACGAGUUCAUCUCCGAGUACUGCGGAGAGAUUAUCUCUCAGGACGAAGCCGACCGCCGAGGGAAAGUCUACGACAAAUAUAUGUGCAGCUUCCUCUUCAACCUCAACAACGACUUCGUGGUCGACGCCACGAGGAAAGGCAACAAGAUCCGCUUCGCCAACCACUCCGUGAACCCCAACUGCUACGCCAAAGUGAUGAUGGUGAACGGGGAUCACCGGAUAGGAAUCUUCGCCAAGAGAGCCAUCCAGACGGGGGAGGAGCUCUUCUUCGACUACAGGUACAGCCAGGCGGACGCUCUGAAGUACGUGGGCAUCGAGCGAGAGCUGGAGCUCGCCUGACCCGGACCUCCACCGCCGGACUCGACGACAACCGCCAACGCACUCAACACACACGCGCACGCACGCACGCACGCACACACUCACUCCUUUACUUCAGGAAAUCCAGACGACUCGUCAAAAACGCUAGAAAGCUUCAAGGAAACUGGGAAUCUUUGAAGCCGAAUUUUGAUGCUGUUUUUUCUGGUUUCUUUAACCACCUUUUUGUCUACUUUUAUAUUUCGUUUUUUUCUUGUCACGGUUGUCUUCUGAUCUGGAUUCUUUUUCACUCUUAUAGAAACUGAAUAUUCUUGUUUCGUACUGUUGUUCGUACAAAGUAAUACAAAUAUAAUUUUUUUUUAGGGAGGGAUGAGACUUGAAACUAUUUAUUUAGUUUGUCGGUUUGGACAAUUUUUAAAAAACAAUUCAGUGCUGAAAAUCAAAUGUUUACUUCGGUGCGUCAACAGUCCAAAACUAAAAAAUAUUCACUUCACAAUUAUAACAAUGAGAGAAACAGCAGUUUUUCCUUUUAUCGUUGAUAAUCAAAUACUAACUUUUAUUUUGUUGGACUUGUGCCUUCAGGGCCUCUAGAACAUCCGUCACUACGUGACCGUACGUGCACCAGCAGUCUGUCGCCAGGUGUGUGUGUGUGUGUGUGUGUGUGGUGUUCCGGUUGUGUGUCGUUGCUUCAGGUGCUAAAUGUGAAAAAACAACCAGGACUACUUACAGGAAGCAGAUCAACAAGCUGCUUUUUUCUUUUUCUAAACAAACUCAACCAAAACUGCCUGCAUUUCAUUUUCCUUACAUUUAACUUGUAGGGAUUUAUUUAAUCCUCCAAGAACCAAAUCUAUUUAGGCCAAAAAACUCAUUGAAUCCAUAUUAAUUCAAUUAAUUUAGUGAACAUUAUAUUAACACAACUCUCAUCCAUUCUCGUUUAUUUAACAAGCUAAUUGUUAAAUAUGGGUUAGAGAUAUUCUGGUGAUGUGGAUUAAAAGCUGCUGAUCACAGGAGCGAAAGAAUGAAUGAAUAUGUUCUUAAUACUUAGUUUCUUCUCCUUGAAAAAGCCUUUUUUUAAUAUUAACGUACCAACAAUCACACCUUUGACUUUCUUCUUCUGGUGCUCGGCCUUUCAUAAAGACAAACCAGCCUGCCGACGUUUAAUCUUAAGCCUGGGCUUUAUUAGGCUCCAUAGCAACGUCUCGUGGUGCUUCUCUUUGGGAGACUUUUGGAAAAACUCAGGUGGUUUUUUGGAUUGACAUUUCUGACAAAUCAGGUGACAGGUUUGGGAUCAGACUGAUCGAUCCCCGAAGCUGCUUUCAUUCUUCUGGAGUUUGGGUUCAUUAAACCAGCAACUUCAAACAUUAUCUGAUUAGACGGUUGAGUAACAAAAUAUUACAAAGACACACCUGGAUUGUUUACGUCUCCAAACGUCAAUUUGUGUUGAAAAAAAGAUUUGAAAAAGACUAAUUCUCAAAGCAUAAAAUCACUUGUUACUAUUAAAACCUGAACUACAGCUGGACUUUUCUUCUUGAACAAGGAGCACUUCCUCCUCUGAUGACACAGGUGCUGAUUUUUGUAAAGUUUUACAGGGAUUUUGCUGUUCAAAGUGAAGCAAAUUAAAAUAUUGUAAAUUG